UGUAAAAUGGAUUUUGGGGGGUACGGUGUUGUGAUUUGCGUUCUGCUAGGAUUAAUUCAGUUUGCUAUCUACAUUAUUUAUAGCAAAAGAAAGAAGAAUGUGAAGCGUUUGGAAGUUGCGCCGGGAACAGUCGUCCUAUAUCAGAUUGGAAGGGGUCCGGAAGCACCAAGUUCCUCCCCCUUUCCACUCAAGCUGGAGACAUAUCUGCGCAUGAAUAAAAUCCCUUAUAUGAAUGACCACUCUGCCACGUUCUCCAAGAAGAGUAAGACACCGUGGAUGACGUAUAACGGCGAGGCGAUCGCCGAUUCCCAGUUCUGCAUCGACUUCCUUGCCGACACCCUCCACCUCAACCCCAGUGCCCACCUCUCCGACAAGGAGAAGGCGACCGCCAGAGCAUUUCAGAAACUUCUUGAGGAAAACUUCUAUUGGACGAUGUGUCACGAGAUGUUUAUGAAGAAGGAAAACAAAGAGCACAUAGCCAGCGUGAUGCCGUACACUGGCCUAAAGCUGUGGUUCGUGCUCACCUGGCUGUCAUUCAACCUCAAGAAGGAGAUGUGGGGUCACGGGAUUGGUCGACACACGGACGAAGAGAUCUGGUACAUAGCUGAACACGAUCUGAGGGCGGUGGCCAGUUUCCUAGAAAAUAAUCGGUUCAUGAUGGGCGACGAACCCUGUGAAGUGGACUGUGCUGUGUUUGGAAUGAUCGCUCAAGUGAGGUGGCACAUGCCGGGGUCACGACACGAAAAACUUCUUCACGAUGAACUGACAAACCUGGUCGCAUACUGCGACAGAAUGAAGGAUCGGUACUGGCCAGACUGGGAUCAACACUGCCGCAGUAGCAAGCUUUUCAACGACGACAGCGGCAAGAUUUACUUCCAAGAUGGCGCCACUCUGUAAUGGCCGUUUUGUCAUUUCCGGAAUUCCCGGUUUCUUUAGCCACUCACAGAAGUGUUAACAGUAUUUGCCAGGGCAUUAAUUUUGUUUGAUGUUUUAUUAUUUCACGUAAUUUGAUGGCUUAAUAUUUCGUUCAUAUGUUUUGUUAUGUCAGUAUUUUAACUGACAUUAUAAUCCAAGUAUUAUAUCAUUCAUGAAUAUGUUAACUGAUUAUUUUGUCGCUACUUUUAUAUUUUUAUCGCAAUUGGCGACUGUGGCGACCGUGGCGACCGACAGGCCGAGCAUUGUAUGUAGUGUUUCCUUUUUCAUUUUAAAGAAACCCAAAUGUUUUUUUGUCCUGUAUUUUGUUGGGUUAUUGUGAAACACCGGGACUAUACUAAAGGCAGAUACAAACAUGUCUUUCAAAGGAAAGUGGGCCGCGGAAUACAUGUCUGCCUUGCAUAUAAUACAUUGUUAUAGCAUACGGUAUUAUUACACAAGUCAAAAUAUACAAGGAUACAUUGGCCCUAUUUCAAUGCCCUAAAAACAUGUCCUGAAGACUAUAUAUAGACUCGAUCAUCGAUUACAUGACACAUUGCUGAAUCUGAAGAUAUAUUUCGUUUGUAAUAGUGGCUUCAAUUCAAAGUUUAACGCAGUUUCAUUCAUAUGAUUGCAUUUUGUAAACCUUUGUAUAGGUUAGAUGGCAUUAAGACGUUUCUUCAGAAAUAAGAAUGGGCGGAGCGAAGCAUAGCCUAUUUAGACGGCAUUUCAUUGGUUCAUUCUCUCCAAUGGGCGGAGCAUGCACCACUAGGAAUUAAGAAGGCUUUUCGGUCGUUCUUCAUGAUUAAGACAGACAAUUGGCUGAAAUGGGUGGACAACAUUCAGUUGCCGUCUAACUAUAAAAACAACUUAUUAUUUCAGUCAUAUUAUAUCCCUGUCAUGGCCAGAACUCUGGCGAAGUCUGAGGUUGUGUCCACGACAGACGUGCUUGAACAGUUCUCUGAUAGAAGCAUGCCAAAAAUUACCCACAUACACACCCACUCAGUCAUAUAUAUAUUGGUCAGUUCAUUAUAUUUGGGCGUUUAUUUACUUUAAUACUACUUUGUUUCUGUGUUUUACUAUUUUUUAAACAGUCACACAUAUUUUACACUUAGUUUGGUACAUGUAGACAUGAUACGUUUAAUAAAACUGUAUUUUGAUGACUUA